AGUAUCUCAGUGUGAGUUGUGGGGCUGCUUAUCACCUUUUGGGAGGUGAAAGCGGUGCCCAAAGGGCUCCCCCACAAGCUGGAGAGCCUGGAGGCGUCUUGUGAGAGAGCAGAGAUCUGCUGCUGCCAGGAGAUCUGCAGGGUCCGGGCCCAGCCGAGCAGCAAAUCCACGCUGAGCUCCAGCAGAAUAUCUUUGCGCCUCGGCUCCGCGCCUCUAAAAUUAGCAGGAGCCAUCUCGGUGUCACACAUGCACACACCAAGCUGCUCCUGCAGUCGAGUUGCUCCCAGCAGCUUCUGCUCUGACACACAUUUGUCUGCGAGAUUUUCGGUUUAACCCUUCGGUUGCUGCAGGAGGAGCAAGCUGCGGGAGCAGGAAAGACCUUCUGAUGGCAGAGAGCUUCCGAGAUCCAUGGCCCCAGCCUGGCUCCCUGCUGGGGAAGCUUCCCCUCAGUGCCUGGCCUUCUGGGACGUGGACAGCUGUCCUGGAGCCCAUGGCUCAGGGUGGUCCCUACGAGCUGACAGCCGCACAGGGCCUGCAGAAUGCGACGCUGCAGGACGUCUACUUCGGGGACGUGUGGCUGUGCAGUGGGCAGAGCAACAUGGCAAUGACAGUGCUGCAGGUGGGCACCCGCGGGCUCGGGAGCUUCCCAGCCGCGGGCCGGGCCGGGCAGCUCCUGGGGUGCUGCCAACUCUCCCCUAGAUCGCCAAUGCCAGCCGGGAGCUGGCUGCUGCCGCUCGCUACCCCCACGUCCGCCUCUUCGCCGCGGCUCCUGCCCGCUCCGACGUGGAGCUGCAGGACCUGGAGCGCAUCGACCUGCCCUGGGCCGUCCCCACGGCUGCAAACCUGGGCCACGGCAACUUCACCUACUUCUCGGCCGUCUGCUGGCUGCUGGGCCGUGCCCUCUACGACGCCCGGCGAUACCCCGUGGGGCUGGUGCAGGCGGCCUGGCCGGGGACCCCCAUCGAGGCUUGGUCCUCCCGGAGGGCUCUGCGGGCCUGUGGGCUCCUGGAGGACACAGGGAGCCAGCUGCCGUCGGGGCCGCAGGCGCCCUCGGUGCUGUGGAACGCCAUGGUCCACCCCCUGCUCCGCAUGGCGCUGCGCGGCCUUGCCUGGUACCAAGGCGAGGCCAACGUCCUCCUGCACAGGGAGCAGUACAGCUGCAGCUUCCCCGCGCUCAUCGCCGACUGGCGCCGCACUGCCCACGCUGCCUCGGCCGGGCAGAGCCUGCCCCUGCUGCCCUUCGGCUUCGUGCAGUUGUCCACCUACCGCCGGCAGAGCCCUGACGAUAGCUUCGCGCGGCUGCGCUGGCACCAAACGGCCGACCUGGGGGUGGUGCCCAACGCCAGGAUGCCCAACACCUUCAUGGCCGUGGCCAUGGACCUGGGCGAUGAGCAUUCCCCCUACGGCAGGCGAGUGCGGGCGGCGGGGCCCGGGCCCGCAGCUGGAGCUCUCAGUGACCGCUGCCUCCCUCCUCUUCCUCGGCAGCAUCCACCCCCGGGACAAGCAGACCGUGGCCCUGCGGCUGCAGCUGGGUGCCAGGGCGGUGGCGUACGGGGAGCGGUCCCUCGUGUUCCAGGGGCCGUACCCGGCCCGUGCCACCCUGGAGGUGACCAAGGGGCUGCUGAACGUCACCUACAGCCAGGAGCUGCUCUGGCGGCGGAGGGACGCGGCAGGCUUCGAGGUUCGCUGCUCCAGCCAGCGCGGGUGGGUGCCAGCGCCGGUGGUGGCAGUGGGGUCCCGCACGGUGACACUGGCCCUGGCAGGCUGCGGGCCGCUGGUGCUGGGCUUGCGCUACGCCUGGGCAGAGUGGCCCUGUGACUACCAGGCCUGUGCCCUCUACAACAGCCAGGGGCUGCCUGCACCUCCCUUCCUCCUGGACACCUCCAGGGGAGCCUCGGGGAGAGCCCAAGCGGCCGGGAGCAAGGAGCUGCUGCUGCUCCCCAGCUCCUGACAGCUGGGGGGCAGUAGGCAAGGGCAGGCUGGGGCAGCUCACACCUGCUGGGGGUGGUGGCACCGAGGCUCUGCCAGCUGCGGGUGGCUGCUUUGUGUCCUACUUCCCAGCUUUGUGGCCUGAAGUCAAGGCUGCAAAAGGGGUUGGCAGGGGUGAGGAAACCAAUUUAACUGACAUCCAUCUAACUGAGGUGAAGAUGAGCAGCAGGACACAGAGGUGGGGGCAGAACCCCUCACUGCUGCUCCUUACUGCCCUCAGAGAUGUGGCAGGGGGUAAGGGGGCAGAGGAGCUCUACCAUAACCAGUCCACAGCUGGACGCUGAGGCUGGCAGCUGCUGGUUUGUGGCAGCUCAGUGUCCUCCACCUCCCUCUGUUGACGAUUCAUUAAUAAAAGUGUUUGGUUCA